UACGUGUCCACGCUGGCGAAAGCCCCAAGCGGCCGAGCAGAGGAACAAAGGCGCGUCUCGCCAUUGGCUGAAGGGUGCUGCGCUCUGGCGUCUUCAGGUCCGCAGAAACGAACCCACUAUUCAUAUGCAAAUAAGACCCUAUAAAUACCCGAAACGACAUUCCGUUGGCAACUCCAGUGCUACUCAGGCCUAUCAGUUGGAAGGUUGGAUUAUUUGCUUGUGUUGUGUCCGCCUGCCAGCUGCUUCUCUCAGGCGGCCACGCGUAACUGUGGAUUACAGUAUUUCGGGAGGGGGGGCGGCCGAAACAACAUGGCUCCUGUAUCAAAGCCCAACAAAACAGGAACUAGCCGUGAGGAAGACGAAUACUUUGGGAUUAAAGGAGACAGAAAGGCCAGGAAACCUUUAGUGGAGAAAAAGAGACGUGCACGCAUAAAUGAAAGUUUACAAGAGCUGCGGGGUCUUCUGUCAGACGCAGAAUUUCAUACUAAAAUGGAGAAUGCUGAAGUUCUAGAAAUGACCGUAAAGCGAGUGGAAAAUAUCCUUCGGAAUCGAGCUCUCGAAACAGACACCAUAAAUCGGGAAGCAAGCGAGAGGUUCGCUGCAGGUUACAUCCAGUGCAUGCACGAGGUACACAUGUUCGUGUCGAACUGCCCGGGAAUCGACGCAACGGUAGCUGCCGAGUUGUUGAACCACCUUUUGGAGUCUAUGCCUCUGAGUGAAAAUCAUUUCCAGGACAUGCUUGUGGAUUUAAUGUCGGAGCCCAACAAUAAUAACAGCAGCACUUGGCCUACGAGCGGACCUUCCUCGGUGCCCUCGCCUGCCCCGUCCACCACGUCCAGCGAGGAUCUCUGCUCGGAUCUGUGCUCGGAUCUGGACGAGACUGACACCGAGCAGAGCCACAUUUCAGCCGACACACUUGGUACCCCCGGAGCCCAGAAUGUGCCCAACGCUGCUGCCUAUGCCAAAUCCAUGUGGAGGCCUUGGUGAAGCUGACACCCAAAAAGGGACCGGCAGGGCCUUUCAAGUAAACCUACCUAGUAGAAGGAUUAACAUCUGUGGACGGACGGACUUUUGUGGGGGAAUAAUGGACAGCCUCAUACAAAAUGUACAUGUCUUCAUUGGGACAGUUAGUCGGUGGACUUGGGAGCUUGAAUGCUUUGGCACUGUUGCACUGUCAGCCUGCUGACAGGAUACUACUGACCCUUGUGUACAGUACAUAUCUGCAUCUUGCUCACUGCUUUCACUGAACACAGAAAGUUCCCAGAGAAACCCAUGUCAUUGAACAAGGACAUCCUAGCAAAGCUCUUUUGGAAAGCACAGCUUAUCUGUAGUCAUCAUGUUUUGCACCUUUAUUGUAACAGACUCUGGAUGUCCCAGUUUAGAACAUUUAAAAUAAGUGAGUGUGUUACAUUAAUAAAGGAUGCACGCUCAUUGUUUUAAGCUAGGUGUGUGUGCCUGUAUAGUUAUGCAAUUUGUUUCUAGCUGUAUGUCUUCUCCUUAUUCCUUAAAGGGAUAGAUGUGGUUAGUAGUGUAUUUGUUAGCUAUAUGUUCUACCUUCAGUGAAGGAGGAUUUAAAAAGUAAAAAUAUAGAUGUAAAAUUGCAUAAUACUGGUAGCAGGGUACCUUUAGCUGAACGUGCAUAUUGUAAUGCACAAGUGAAGAGACUGUUAGCACAUUAAUCUAUAUGUAUAUUAGUUACUGUAAACCUUUCCUUUUUUUUUUUUUUUUUUUGAACAUAUGAAUUAUUGAAGAUAAUGCUUUGUGCUGCAUUAAUGACACUUUAGAUGCUUUUUAAAAAAAAUCUUUUAUCUGCUACAUGAAAAUUGUCUUGUUCAUCUGUGAAUAAAUUAACUUCUGGUGUAUGAUAUUAAGACACUAUUCCACAAAUCUGAUGUACUGUAUCAACUGCUACCUUUUGAGCACCAGAUAUUAAAAGAGUUAAAUUAAUGUUUUCUUAAAAUAUU